AGAGACCAUAGUAGUUUGUAUUUCCCAAGCACAGAGGUGAAGGGAGGGAGAACUAAGGCGAAGAGAGGGGCAGCUGAAGUGUUUCAUGGUGGGUGUAUCCAAGUUUGGAAAAAUCUCAAAACGGAAUUCCUAACAGGAAGUGUAAGUGGGAUUUUCACCCAAACCCUAUCUUUCCUCCGACUGCAGUGCCAGUUUCACGGUCAAAUCCAGCUGCGCCAAGGCUUGCGUUCUCCGCAGCCUUCAAAAGCACCACUUGUGUCUCAGAAGUGAAAUCGGAGGUGGAGCAAAGGGGGAGUCCAGGUGGUCCCGGGCGGGGGGGUGUCUGGGCACGUUCCGGGUUUCAGAAGGGAAAGUCACCGCGGAGCAGUUCACUCUCGCUGUAGGCCCUCCGCAGGGACCUGCUUCCACCUGCGAGCUGCGGCCGCAGAAUGCAGGGAGCCGCAGCCGCCGCGGGGGAGGGGGCGGAGGCGGAGGCGGAGGCGGCACCCAGGGGCCGAGGCCGGGAGGCCCGGACCAUCGCAGUGACAAUUUCUCUUUCUGCCGCGGCGGCAGCAGGGGCGGCCGCUGCAGGCUCGGAGUCGGCGGCCUGCGCGUGGGUUUGCUAGGGCGCUGUUCCCCUGCACCGGGGUGUCCGACAGCGACAAGAAGGAAGACGACAGCGAGCGUAGAGCCCAGGACGAGGGCGCGCGGAGCCGGCGGAGCUCCCCCGGGUAGGGGAGGAGGCGCGGCCGCGGCGCCUGCCAGCCACCGCCACCGGGGCCCGGCUGCAGCGGCCGGACGGAUGCCAAGGCCGCACGGCAGGCGCGGGGGCAGCCGCCGCAGUCGCCGUCCCACGCGGGCUCCGGACCUCCAGGGCUGCUGAAAGAAACAUCUGAUAGGGACUUACUGACAGAAGCUGUGUCUCCUGUGGUGGUGGUGGCAAGAGGAAGAAACAGAUGAAGUGAUUGAGAAGAAGCUGUGAACAUCCACAUCCUCAUUUUUGUAUCCGGAACAACAUGGAUCAGCCGUUGACUGUGAAUUCUCUGAAUAGGUAUAGAGGUAGAUGAUUGAAGAUACUUUUCCACUUUCUGACCCCAUGUUGUCGUUUCCCCUCUAAGAGGAAGAAGUCAUCUUUGUGAAAAAGUUAGCUGCUAUGCCUGACCAUACAGAUGUUUCUCUAAGCCCAGAAGAGCGAGUCCGUGCCCUGAGCAAGCUUGGUUGUAAUAUCACCAUCAGUGAAGACAUCACUCCACGACGCUACUUUCGAUCUGGAGUAGAAAUGGAGAGGAUGGCGUCUGUGUAUUUGGAAGAAGGAAACUUGGAAAAUGCCUUCGUUCUUUAUAAUAAAUUUAUAACCUUGUUUGUAGAAAAGCUUCCUAGUCAUCGAGAUUACCAGCAAUGCACAGUGCCUGAAAAGCAGGAUAUUAUGAAGAAACUGAAGGAGAUUGCAUUCCCAAGGACAGAUGAAUUGAAAAAGGACCUUUUAAAGAAAUAUAACAUAGAAUACCAAGAAUAUUUGCAAAGCAAAAACAAAUAUAAAGCCGAAAUUCUCAAAAAACUGGAGCAUCAGAGACUGAUAGAAGCUGAAAGAAAGCGGAUUGCUCAGAUGCGCCAACAGCAGCUAGAAUCAGAGCAGUUUCUGUUUUUCGAGGACCAGCUCAAGAAGCAAGAGUUAGCCCGAGGUCAGAUGCAGAGUCAGGAGCCUGCGGCUGUGCUGUCGGAACAGAUCGAUGGGAACGCUUUGUCCUGCUUUUCCACACCCAAGAACAAUUCUUUGCUGAAUGUAUUUGCAGAUCAACCUACUAAAAGUGAAGCGACCAGUCACUCUGGCCACUCUCCUCCUGUCAACAGGGCCUUAACACCAGCUGCAACUUUAAGUGCUGUUCAGAAUUUGGUGGUUGAAGGACUCCGAUGUGUUGUUUUACCAAAAGAUCUUUGCCACAGAUUUCUGCAGCUGGCAGAAUCUAAUACAGUGAGAGGAAUAGAAACCUGUGGAAUACUCUGUGGAAAACUGACACAUAAUGAAUUUACCAUUACCCAUGUAAUCGUGCCAAAGCAGUCUGCGGGACCAGACUACUGUGACAUGGAGAACGUAGAAGAAUUAUUCAGUGUUCAGGAUCAACACGAUCUUCUCACUCUGGGAUGGAUCCAUACACAUCCCACCCAAACUGCGUUCUUAUCUAGCGUGGAUCUGCACACUCACUGUUCCUAUCAGCUCAUGCUGCCCGAGGCUGUUGCCAUUGUUUGUUCGCCAAAGCAUAAAGACACUGGCAUCUUCAGGCUCACCAAUGCUGGGAUGCUAGAAGUUUCUGCUUGUAAAAAGAAGGGCUUUCACCCACACACCAAGGAGCCCAGGCUGUUCAGUAUCUGCAAACAUGUGCUGGUAAAAGACAUAAAAAUAAUUGUGUUAGAUCUGAGGUGAUACGUUCCAGAAGCAAGCACCAUCGACACCCAGACACCUGCCCUUGGACAUGUGGUUGCCGGAUUUUCUUAAGAUGUUUCCAGAAAUGACUGAUAUUUUAUAUUUAUAUAUUUUAGAUCAGAAAGUUUGAUAUUUAUUGCUCUUGCACAUUUUGAAGUUUUUUUCUGGGAGGGAGGUUGCUCUGUGUCAAGAGAGGUUAUAUGGUGUUAAAUCCAUCUCUAAUAUUAAUGUACCCAGGUACUGUGGCCAGAUAAUAAAUUGUGCUGCAAACAA